GGAGUUCGUAAACCAGGCCCUGUGGGGCCCUUCGGUUCGUAUACAUUUCUGGGCGACCUACCUCCGUUCACGGCUAUAUAAAGGUCUUGUCGCCCUACGGUUGUUCCACAUCCACCAUCCGAAAUGUCCCUCGAUUUACAGGUUCUAAAAUACAUCCUGACUGCAGUACCAGUCUAUAGCGGUCUUGGCCACCAAGGUUACGACAGGGACCCUGCACCGCUCUUGAGCUGGUUUACCCAGCUCGAGGAGGUCUUCGAGGCAUUGUCGAUCACCGAUUCCCAGCAAUUAGCCUAUGCCAGGUCCAGGCUCGGGGGACAGUAUCUCUUUUGGGUGCAAAAGAACGACUUUUCCUCCCAAUCAUUCUCGUACUUUAAAUACGAACUUUUUAACAAGGAGUACCAGUUCAGGCACCUGCUAGGCCGCACCUUCGUCCGGCCCCUGGUCAACAACCUCAAGAACCUCAUCCGAAACGAAGACCCCUACCUCUUCUACGCCUUUCCCCAGUUCGUCUCGACCGUUACUCAAAUCUAUGAAAUAUUGAGCCCGUAUGAGGAGCACAAGUAUGACGCCAUUCCCGAAGCCGAAGCUCAAUUGGCCCAUUUGACCAAAAGUUUCAGAAAGAAUAGAAUAGAUGUCGCCCAUAUCUUGGCUAAGGACGAGGAUUCGCUCACUCCAGAGGAAGAGGAAUUAUUCCUCGAAGAUGGAGAGCCCAAGAAGUUCUGGGAGCAGUACAAAGCCAUUGCCAGCCUGUUCAUCAAUGAUGCUCUCAAAUUGUCGCUUGCAGUGGUCAAGGACACUAACAAGUUCGACACAGUGGAAAUCGGCAAGCUUAGUGUCAAGAUCAUGGAGAACAUAUAGCCAGUCUCAUGUUUCAGCCAUUGAAUCAGUGUAGAAAGAGGCGUGGAUACCGUUUUUCCCGCCAUUAAAUCCGUAUUGAGUGCAAAAGGAAUAUUCAAUAGCCCAAUAUCUUCCUUUAAGCACCUAGUCACGAGUACAAGGUUGCUCAACCUUCAACAUAACAGAUAGCCUUACUCUCCUCACUCUCUCGCUACGAUGGUGACUGUGGCCCCACUAAGUUUUUCUGGGUGCGCACCACUGAUUGCUCCUCGCUCUCGCUCUACCGCACCACUUUCUCCCUAGCCCGUACCGCGGCCCCCGCCAUCGUCUUCGCUCCAGUGACCACAA